CGUGCGUGUAUAAAAAUCGUCAUCGAAAUUUGUAUAUGCAAUUCAAUUGAAUCCGUAAAACAUGGAAAUUGGCGAAGAACUUAUGUCCUGGCUGAAGGACAAGAAAAAGGAGUACACGGCACGCUUGGAAUUUGCGAUAAAAGUCUGGCAAUCUGUGGACUUUGUGUACAUUAACAAAUACGAAGUGAUCUGCAAAUGGUUGGCGGAGACUUUAUUGAACGAAAGUACAAAUAAUGGUGAAUUGCCCACUGUGCAGCUGCAGCAGCUAUUUGGACUGAGGGCGCAACCCGGUCUGGUCAGUGUGGAGACAAAGACAGAGCUGAUUAAGAACAUUUUAAAGUGUAUACAGAGAGAUGUCAAUGGGAAAAGCAGAUCUGGAAAUUCUCUGGCUCAUUCGCAGUUGCUGCAGAGUUUGAUUAACUUUGAGCUGGUGCAGGAUGCACUGCGUGCGGACUACGAGCUGCUCAUGUCCAGCUAUGGCACACUCUUUGAGUGCUAUGAAGCGCAGCUGCUGAAUCCCAAGGAUGAAGUGGAUUCGAAGCAACUGAGACAUGCAGACUUCGUUUUACCACUGUUGCAACAAUUGCGCGACUAUGUGCAACGUGCCCAGCACCAUAAGCGACUGCUAGAAGCCUACACAAAUGCUGCACUGCAGCCACUUUGCCAAUUAUUGCUGCAAUUGCGGGAGCAUGGAUUGUGUUGCUUUGAACAGCUGGCGGCAUUGGAGCAACAGCUCACCGAGUCCCUAAACAUGGGCGAAGUCAUCAAACGCAUCUCGCAGCAGCCGCUGCAUGUGCGUCUGCUGCUGCUGGAAUCCUUGAUGCUCAAUCAACGCUUUGAUAUUGAGAAACUGUCGAAAGUUUUGAAGUUUGCCUUUGGCAAACUGCAGCAUAAUCCUCUAGAGCAACCGCUUGCACUAGCCACACAUGCGCUGGAGUCGCUGCGCAAGCAUAACAUUAGUCUACAAUUCCAAAUGCCAGAGAAAGUGACAGCCUUGGAGUUUGUUACCGGCAAACUCUUCAAACUGGUGGAACACUACCAGGAGGAGCAGCUGGGCGCGGUGCUAAUGAUGCUAUGUGCCGCAUUGCGUUUGAAUCCCAUGCUGUUGGAACCAAAUGUCUAUCAGAUUACUGUUUGGAUGCUGACCAAACCCAAACGCAAUGAUAAUGAACUCGCUUUAUAUUCGGAUUAUCUGGUGCAAUUGCUGGACAUGUUUAGACGUCUCAGUCGUGCGGAACGCUUUGUCAUGCAGCUGCUGAAAUCUCUGCGGGAAUGGCUGCGUAAAUACGAGCUCCAACUGCCCGCCAGCGAUGCCAAGCGUCAAAAACUCGCCAAGAAGGCAGAGCAGUCAGCUGUCCCAUUGAAUCCGUAUCUGCAGCUGCUUUUAAAACCACAUCAGAGUGUGGCCAGUGCUGCUAGCGUUGCCAAUGAUCGUCUGGCACAAACGUGGCCCAGUCAGUCGGCUGGUGCCGCCUUUACACGCCUCAUCAGUCACCUGAUGGCCAAACCCUCCAUUGUCAUCUGGAAAAUGCUCUUACACACAUUCGACGAGCUCUUGGAGCCGACAACGCCAGCUGUGCUGCCGGUGAAUUUGAAUUUUGCGCUGGAACUGCAGGUGGCAUUGCUGUGUCAGUAUUUGCUGGGCACACGCCUCACCGAGCAAGUGCAGCAACAUCAAUCGGAUGUGGAGCUGUGUUGCCGGCACACAGCCCAGGUGUUGCAACAAUUUGCCAGACAUCUGCUGGCCCGGGAGCACAAUCGCAGCACCAUGAAUGCCUUUCUCGAGUGCGUGGAUCGUGCCACCAGCUUUGAGCUGCAGCUGGCCUAUUACUGGCCCGACGGCCUGGCCAAGUCGCAACAGGAACUGCAGUUGCCGUACAAGUUUCUGCCCAGCGAUGAAUGGGAAUUGAUACAACAGCGUGUGCAUAAUUUUGGCAAGAGCUCGUGCCGUCAGAGAUUGCAGCGCCUGGAGCUGCAGCUGGUGCAAACCAAUUGGUUGCUGCUGCCCAAUCAACGGCUAGAACCGUGUCCCGAUGCCCUGCUGGAGCUUGUGCCGCCCCAGCUGCUCUCACAUUUGAGUCGUGCCCAGAAACAGCUGCGUUUGCAGCAGCCUCAUCAGCUGUCAUCGGCGGAGGAGCUGUGGCAGGAUGCCGAGUGUGUGGAACUGCUGGCGUUGCAGCUGCUCCAGGACUAUGCCGACAGUCUCAAGGCUGAGAAGAUUCAAGGCACACUGCUGCUCAAGCAAUUGCAAUCGGAAUCAGAUGAGUCCGGUUUGUCUGCAGCCUUGCGGCAACACUGUGGCAGCUCCAAGCAGCCAGCGCUGCCAGUGGCCACCACAGAUCAGCUCAUCGAUGCACUGCAGCGUCUGCCGUUGGCUCAGCUCAUGAGCAGCAUCAAGCUGCGUCUCUGGCUGCUCAUCUUCACGCUCUAUCACGACGUGCGACGCGCCCAGCUGACGGAGCAGGCAAAUCAACUGCUCGACCAGCUCACAGAUUUGCUGCACUUUGGGCAACCGUUGCCCAUUUGCAGUCACUUUCCGCAGUUGCCGGAGCUGCUGCAGUUGGUGCCAAUUGAUGGUAGCGACAACAACGGUUGGAGAUUCUACGAGAUGCUCUUUGGACGCUGCAUUCGUCGUGUGACGGCUGGCAGUGAACUCUUCCUCACCAGCUGUGCCGAGCACUUCCGGGAGCAACUGCAGCAGACACGUACGCUGGAGUUGGUGGAGUGUCGCCUCCUGCUGCUGGCCAUUGAGACGCUGUCGGGGGCAACGGGUGUCCAGGCGAGACGCAUGCAACGCCAUCUGCAGCCGCUGCUCGAGAUCUAUGGCCAGUUUGUGGCACACAAGUUCCGAUCGGUGAAGAAAUCUCCAGCGGAUGCGGCUGAAUUUGUUCAGCGUACGCUCAGUGGAUUCGCUGUCUAUUUGAGCAGCUGCAUCAAUCGCGCCUCCAAGCAGCAGAGGGAACUCCUCGAGGAGCAGAAGAAGCAGCUGCUGGAGGAGAAGCCGAAGGAGAAGAAAAAGAAGGAAAAGGAGCAGGAGCAGGAGGAAGAGAAGUCGGAACAGGUGCCGAAUCCAACUGAAAAGUCCACGUGCAUCGAUGAGAAUUUGCGACGCAUUUGCAAGAUUUAUAUUGGACACUCGUUGAAUUAUCGCAAUGUGCAUGCGAUUAAAUUGUUGAAUGUGGCGCUCACACAUCGCGAGCAACUGCAUCUGGAUCAGGACGAGAUUGAGUUCCUGCUGGACAGCUAUUGGCGUCAAUUGAAUGCGGACAUUGAGGCAGCCACAUUGGAUAUUCAGAGCAUUGAGCCGGCAAUUAAAUUAAUUAUUGGCUACAAAACAAAUGAGGAUUUCCUGCUGCUACUGCGACGCCUUUCCACACAGCUGGAGGGGAUGCAACGGCCGGAGACGGAGGCACAGCAUACGAGCCUACAAAAUGUCCUCAUCCUGCUGCAAUUGUUCUCCAAGUGCUCCCUGAGCAGCAUCAAAGGAGCGAUGCUCAAUGAGCACUUUGAGCUUUUGAUUGGCAAUAUAUCGUUGCGUCUGCCCGGAGUGGAAGAUGCCAGCUAUCGCCAACAUGUGGUGCGUCUACUGGAGGCACAACGUGCACUCGCCAGCAAUCGCACAGUGCCGCUGACCGGAGAGACACUCGAUUGCAUUCUGGGCACCAUGCUGGAUAUGAACAUUAAGCGGUUUAUCAUCUCUGGCGGUAAGCUGGAUGAUUUCCUGCUGCUGCACGCUGGCAUCUCGGAGAAUCUGUUGCUGCUGUUGCGUCAACAUGCCACAUUGAUGUCCGAUCGUGCCGCACAAUUGACGGCACUGUGUCAGGAUUUGAUUGAGGCGAUUGUUUGCUAUCGCAGCGAUCGCAAGCAGGCACAGAAUCUAAAUGAUCAGGAAUUGGAUGGUCUGGCCGAAUUGGCAUUGAAAUUGGUAACACUCUUGGCGGGCAUUGCAGCCGGUCCGCAGGCAUUGGCCGUAAAGCGUGUGGCGCCAUUCCUGCUCAUCUUUACCAUCAAACAAAUGGUCACCACCGAACGACCCACAACGCUCUUCGAGAAGAUCAAGGUUCAUCUGGAUCGCAUCUGUCAUGAGCUCAUUUCCCUGUGCGAUCAUCGGGCCGGACACUUUAUACUCCGUUCCAGCAACGAGGCCGGAGCUCGCAUGUAUCAGAACCUGGUCAAGGAGCACGACAAAUAUCACAAAUUCCGCGGCAAAGUCUAAAUCAAUGUUACUGCUCUUUCAUUUUCUAAUUAUAGAGUUCGUUAUUAAUGAAUAAAUAUAAUUAUUUACCAAUUUGUA